AUGUGGUCCUGGUUCAGUGGCACGGUGCCCAAGGUGCCACAGGCACCGCAGGCGCCCAAACCAGAGCGCUGCAGUGGUGAUUGGCGCCGGCGGCAGUACCAGUUGCCUCCAAAGAUGCUUUGCGCUCGCGCGCCAAGGUGGCCUUGCCCUGAAGUGCCUUCCUCAUAUUUUCGCGAGGCGUGCUACAAGCAGUUGCCCUCUCCGGGCCAAUGGAUCUGCAGCUGUUCACUUGCAAACAUGUUUGGAGGAAGACUUCUGUCGUGGGUGUGGGGGCAAGUCCCCUGCACGUUGCGAGAAGGACCUGGCAGCUCGGGCGCGCGAAGAAGAGCGCUUGAGGCUGGAAGAAGUGGCACGACAGGAGCGCGCCCAGUGUGGGCAACUGACGGCGGCUGA